AUGCCACCGUUCGUCCCCCGCAAGCGCGUCUCCUCCGAGGAUCCCCCCAGUGCCAAACGCCACCAUGCGAUCCCUGCUGUCAAAGCUCCAGUUGUGGAGGAUUCCGAAGACGGCUCACCAUUGAGUGAUGCGCCUGACUCUGAUAAUGAGGAAACCCCUGGGAAUAAUGAUGCGACCGAGAAGAGCAAGGGAAAAGGCCAGGGAUCAGAGGACGAGGAGAGCGACGACGACGACGACGACGACGAUGACGCUAUGGAUUGGGAAGACGCCAUAGAUACUACGAACCAGCCCGCACCUACCACCGCUCUUCUCCCGUCUGCCGUUGAAUCGCAGGAUCUCGAAUUGACGCUCGAUAAGAACGAAGUGCACGUAGCUGACCUCCUUGAUGGCAAAAAGGGCCCGUCCAAGAUUGAGCGCCAGAUCCGUAUCAGGACCCAUUGUUUACACGUGCAGCUGCUACUUGCUCACAAUGCCGUCCGAAACGCCUGGGCUAAUGAUUCUCAAGUCCACGAUACCCUCCGGCGCAGGUUACCCCAGGGAAUUCACAAGGAGAUCAAGAAGUGGCGAGUCGCAUCAGCGCUCGAUCCCCCAGAACCAGAACCCCCGGAGAAAUCCACCAAAAAGAAGAAAGGAAAAGGGAAACAAACUCGGAAUUCAGAACGGGAUUGGGGAGAAGGCUCGUCGCGAUUGGAACCUGGACAGCCGGAUAUGAGUCUGGGAGAUCCUGUCAUUUCCCUACUCAAGAUUCUCUCCGCAUACUGGAGGAAACAGUUCAAAAUUACUGCUCCGGGUUUGCGCAAGCAUGGAUACCAGCACAUGGCGCAGGUGGAUGCUGAAAUACGCUCCUUUAACAAUGAUGACCAUGACCCCGAGCGACAUGGAGAACGAUUUGCCAGUGUGGACGAGUUCCGGUCGGCAGCGGAGCGCAUGGAGGGUUCUAGGGAUACAGGUGCACAGCUCUUCACGGCGCUUCUUCGCGCAUUGGACAUUGAAGCUAGGUUAGUGGCCAGUCUACAACCUCUUGGAUUCGGAUGGACCAAGGCAGAGACCCAUACCCCGAAGUCCAAAACGGAAACCUCAGAACCCGGCAUUGCAGAAGCGACGGAAACAGGAGCCGAGUUGGACGAGGAUGAGGAGAGUGACAGUGACUCUCCAGACAAUAAUGUCUUAUCACGUCGCAAUAAUAGCCCCCGCUACGAUCGAGAUCUGCCGUUUCCCAUCUACUGGACAGAGGUGGCAUCUCCUAUCACCCACCAGAUCAUCCCUGUCGACCCCUUAGUACUCAAGAAUCCUGUGGCAACUACUACAGAGCUACAAGCAGCUUUCGAACCUCGCGGGGCAAAAGCAGAAAAAGUGAAACAAGUCAUAUGCUACGUGAUAGCAUACUCACCAGACAAAUCAGCCAAAGACGUUACAACACGCUAUCUGCGUCGCCGCACAUGGCCAGGAAAAACGAAAGGCUACCGAAUGCCAGCCGAAAAGAUCCCCAUCCCCGGCAAAAACGGGAAAUUCUUCGAAUACGACUGGUUCCGGGUGAUAUUCCGAAUCUACCAGCGACCUCAGAACCAGGGAACACCAGUCGAUGACAUCGAAAACACUCAAGACCUCACACCCAAACAACCAGAAAAGAAACCCGCCAAAGAAGGCGACACACUGCAAAGCCUCCGCGCUUCCACAGAAUUCGUCCUCGAACGCUUUCUCCGCCGCGAAGAAGCCCUCCGCCCAGGCUCCAAACCCGUCCGCGCAUUCACAACGGGCAAAGGCGCCAAAGCCAAAAACGAAGACGUCUUCCGCCGCGCAGACGUAGUAAAAUGCCUCUCCGCAGAGAGCUGGCACAAAGAAGGCCGGCAGACCAAAAUGGGCGAAGCACCACUGAAACGCGUCCCCAUCCGCGCCGUAACCCUCCUCCGUAAACGCGAAGUCGACGAGCUACAGCGCCAAACUGGCGAGAAACCGAAACAAGGCCUCUACGCAAAAUACCAAACAGAAUACAUCAUCCCACCACCAAUCGAGAACGGAAUAAUACCCAAAAACGAUUACGGAAACAUCGACUGCUUCGUUCCCUCCAUGGUACCCCGCGGCGCCGUGCAUAUCCCUUGGUCCGGGACCGUGCGCGUCUGCAAGAAACUAGGCGUCGACUACGCCGAAGCAGUGACUGGUUUCGAAUUUGGAUCCAAAAUGGCCGUUCCCGUUAUCGAGGGCGUUGUCGUUGCAGAAGAAAACGAGGGCGUUGUCACGGAUGCGUGGAUGGCGGAGGAAGCGGAGAAGCGGAAGAGGGAACAGCUCAAGGCUGAGAAACGCAUCUUGCAGACGUGGAGGAAGUUCUUGUUUGGGCUGAGGAUUGCGGAGCGCGUUAGGGAGGAGUAUGGGGGUGCUAUGGACUAUGAGGAGGAUGAGGUUAAUCCGUUUGCGAAGCAGAUUAGACCUGGGGAUCGUGAGCGUCAGGAAGAGACAGUACACGAGGAGGAAGGAGAAGGAGAGGAUGAAGAAGAUCCGGCGGAUCGAGGGGGUGGAUUCCUUCUACCGGGUGAGGAUGAUGGUGAUGAUGGGGGGUUGGUGGUCGAACGGCAAGAACAAGAAACUCGUCCACGGUCUGAGUCUCAUGCAAUUGAGAUUAGGGACAGCGAUGACGAAGGAGAGGCAGAUGAC